AUUUCGUAAACAUAAAGUAAAGCAUCGUGCUUAUAGAUGAUCUUCGUAUUCCUCGGUUCUGGGAGGAGCUACAAAGACUCCGCCCCCUGCAGACCGUUGUUUCCCAGCGAAAAGGGGGAGGAGGUGAGAAGUGGUGGGCUAUCGGAGACCGCGGCAUUGGCUCAGGAGGAUGUCUGUGAAUGCUGCUGAAUGCUGUUUGCAGUUUUGGGAUUUAUCCUUUGGGCCUCGGUGCUGCUGUGGAGGCUGUAUAACCGGACAGUAGCGAUGCCCGUGAAGGAAGGCGACCCGUCACGUCGCCGUGGUCGCACGGCGGCUGAGGACGACACAGACGUCACGCAACAUUCCCAGACAACAGUUCCCACUACCUCACGGCAGAACCUGACUGACCGUCCGCUGGCUGAGUGCGAGUCAGUGGGUCCUAACGUCAAAACGCUUCCCUCUGAGCCCCCGCACUCUCCUGGAGUAAACUCACUGCUGCAGCCGUUGCCUUCAGCAAUGCAGAAGCCUAAAAGAGCCAACGCGCCAACGCUGGGCUCCAGACCCGAGGCGAGGGAGCGCCUCAAGUUCAUCCUGGGAGCAUCGGAGGAUAACUCCUCAGACGAGGAGCCGGUGGUCUCCAAGCCCCCCAGCGGCCCGGCCCCCAGGGGUUCUCCGGAGCAGCCGUGUUCCGCGGGGCCCCAGAGCAGCUCAUCGGGCAUCAAGCCUAGCAUGUCUGGUCCUCACCUGGUGAAGAAAGGACGUGAACAAAGAAAGAUGGACCUGCAGAGAGACUUCACGGUCGCUUCUCCUGCCGAGUUCGUCACCAGAUUUGGUGGCAACCGUGUCAUUGAAAAGGUGCUGAUAGCAAACAACGGCAUAGCUGCAGUCAAAUGCAUGCGUUCCAUCCGUCGCUGGUCCUAUGAAAUGUUCCGUAAUGAGAGGACCAUCCGUUUUGUGGUGAUGGUGACCCCUGAAGACUUGAAAGCCAAUGCAGAAUACAUAAAAAUGGCAGACCAUUAUGUGCCUGUGCCUGGUGGGUCAAACAAUAACAACUAUGCCAACGUUGAGCUCAUAGUGGACAUCGCCAAAAGGAUCCCAGUGCAGGGCGUGUGGGCUGGAUGGGGUCAUGCCUCAGAAAACCCCAAACUGCCCGAGCUCCUGAACAAAGCAGGAAUAUCAUUCUUGGGGCCGUCCAGCAAGGCCAUGUGGGCUCUGGGAGAUAAGGUGGCUUCAUCCAUUGUGGCCCAGAGUGCUGAUAUUCCCACACUGCCAUGGAGCGGAUCAGGUCUGAGACUGGACUGGCCAGAGGAAGACCAAAGGCUGGGCAACGUGAUCAGUGUUCCUCCUGAGGUCUAUGCAAAGGGCUGUGUUCGUGAUGUAGCUCACGGUCUGGCAGAAGCUGAAAGAAUUGGUUAUCCAAUUGUUAUCAAGGCCUCUGAAGGUGGAGGUGGAAAAGGAAUCCGCAAAGUUGAUAACUCUGAUGAUUUUCAAAGUUCCUUUAGACAGGUUCAAACAGAGGUACCCGGAUCACCUAUUUUCAUUAUGCAGCUCGCUCAGCAUGCGAGACACCUCGAAGUUCAGAUACUGGCGGAUGAGUAUGGAAACGCCAUCUCCCUGUUUGGCCGAGACUGCUCCAUCCAGAGGAGACACCAGAAGAUCAUAGAGGAGGCUCCUGUCACCAUCGCCGCUCCCUCUACAUUAGAGCAAAUGGAACGGUAUGCUGUGAGACUGGCCAAGAUGGUGGGCUACGUGAGCGCGGGUACUGUGGAGUACCUCUUCUCUGAAGACGGGAGUUUCCAUUUCUUGGAGCUGAAUCCUCGCCUGCAGGUGGAACAUCCCUGUACAGAAAUGGUUGGAGAUGUAAACCUUCCCGCUGCUCAGCUCCAGAUUGCGAUGGGCAUCCCCCUUAACAGAAUUAAGGACAUCCGCUUGUUUUAUGGAGAAGCUCCAUGGGCUGACACAAUCAUCAACUUUGACAAUCCAGACUGCACGCCAAGUCCAAGAGGCCAUGUCAUAGCGGUUCGGAUCACCAGUGAGAACCCCGAUGAGGGGUUCAAACCCAGCUCUGGCACCGUGCAGGAGCUGAACUUCCGCAGCAGUAAGAAUGUCUGGGGUUACUUCAGUGUGGGCGCGGCUGGUGGUCUACAUGAAUUUGCAGACUCCCAGUUUGGGCACUGUUUCUCCUGGGGCGAGAACCGCGAAGAAACCAUUUCGAACAUGGUGGUUGCUAUGAAGGAGUUGUCUAUCAGAGGCGACUUCAGGACGACUGUUGAAUACCUCAUAAAGUUACUAGAGACAGAAAGCUUCAGAAACAAUGACAUUGACACUGGCUGGCUGGAUCACCUUAUUGCAGAGAAAGUCCAGGCAGAGAGACCAGAAACCAUGCUGGGUAUCGUAUGUGGAGCUUUACACGUUGCUGAUGCCAGUUUCAGAAAGAGCAUGUCCGACUACCUGCAUUGUCUGGAAAGAGGCCAGGUGCUGCCUGCAGCCAGCCUCCUUAACUCUGUCAGUGUGGACCUAAUAUAUGAAGGAGUUAAGUUUUGCCUGAAGGUAGCUCGUCAGUCCCCAACAACUUACGUCAUUAUGAUGAACGGCUCAGACAUUGAAAUAGACGUCCACAGGCUGAGUGAUGGAGGCCUCCUGCUCUCCUACGACGGCAGCAGCCAUACGACCUACAUGAAGGAGGAGGUGGACAGCUAUCGCAUCACUGUUGGCAACAAGACCUGUGUAUUUGAGAAGGAGAAGGAUCCAACAGUGCUAAGGUCCCCCUCUGCCGGCAAACUGCUGCAGUAUAUGGUUGAGGACGGAAGCCAUGUCUGUGCAGGAGAAACCUACGCCGAGAUUGAGGUGAUGAAAAUGGUGAUGACUUUGACUGUCCAGCAUUCUGGUUGCAUACAUUUCGUCAAAAGACCCGGAGCAGUGCUGGAGUCUGGCUGUGUGGUGGCGCAUAUGGACCUGGAUGACCCCAGCAGUAUACACUGGGUGGAGCUCAACACAGCCACACUGCCGCCUCAGCAACCACUACCCAUGGUGGGAGAAAAGCUUCACCAGGUGUUCCACAGUGUGCUUGAAAACCUGUUCAAAGUCAUGGAUGGCUACUGUCUUGAAGAGCCCUACUUUAGCAGCAAGCUGAAACAGUGGGUGGCCACUCUGAUGAAGACGCUCAGAGACCCGUCCCUGCCACUGCUGGAGCUCCAGGAGAUUAUGACGAGUGUGGCGGGCCGCAUUCCACCCAGUGUCGAGAAGGACAUUCGUAAAGUCAUGGCCCAGUAUGCGAGCAACAUUACCUCUGUCCUCUGCCAGUUCCCCAGUCAAAGGAUUGCAAAUAUUCUAGACAGCCAUGCAGCAACUCUACAGAGGAAGGCUGACAGAGAGGUUUUCUUCAUGAACACUCAGAGUAUCGUGCAGCUGGUGCAGAGGUACCGCAGCGGAAUCCGUGGUUAUAUGAAGUCUGUGGUUCUCGAUCUGCUGAAACGUUACCUGCAAGUUGAAAUGCAGUUUCAGCAUGCUCACUACGACAAAUGUGUCAUCAACCUGCGAGAGAGGCACAAGCCAGACAUGAGUCCCGUGUUGGAAUACAUCUUCUCUCAUGCCCAAGUCUCCAAGAAGAACGUCCUGGUCACAAUGCUCAUAGACCAGCUGUGUGGAAGGGAUCCUACUUUAGCAGAUGAGCUUAUGGCCAUUCUCAAUGAACUCACACAGCUCAGUAAGAUGGAGAACUCAAAGGUUGCCUUGAGAGCCAGACAGGUUUUAAUCGCGUCCCAUUUGCCAUCGUAUGAACUUAGACACAACCAGGUUGAGUCCAUCUUCUUGUCGGCCAUUGACAUGUACGGACACCAGUUCUGCCCAGAGAACUUGAAGAAACUCAUUCUUUCUGAAACUUCCAUUUUUGAUGUUCUGCCUAAUUUCUUCUAUCACGUUAAUCAAGUUGUUUGCAUGGCUGCGCUGGAGGUGUAUGUGCGCAGAGCUUAUAUUGCGUAUGAGCUUAAUAGCAUCCAGCAUCACCAGCUGCAGGACGGAACGUGUGCUGUGGACUUCCAGUUCAUGCUGCCAUCAUCACAUCCCAACAGAGGAAGCAACCCUACUCUCAACAGGAUUCCAUUGGCACUAAAUGGAUCAAGCCAGUUUAAUAUGAGGAGACAGGGCAGUGAGCUCUUCCUGGAUGGAGCCUUGUCUCCACCGUGUCAGCGCAUGGGCGCUAUGGUGGCUUUCCAGUGUUUUGAUGACUUCAAAAAGAACUUUGAUGAAGUUCUCUCCAGCUUUGCAGAGCCAUUCUUGGAGAGUUCCUCAUUUUCAGACUCCCGCUCUAGUCUCUACGAGGAGGAGAACUUCAAGAACACAAGAGACAACCCAAUCCACAUCAUUAAUGUGUCCAUAAAGACAGCAGACACGGAAGAUGACGAUGCCUUGGUCACUGCCUUCACUUCCUUCUCACAGUCAAAGAAAGCAAUCCUCUUUGAAUAUGGAAUCAGGAGAAUCACAUUUUUGAUUGCGCAGAAGAGAGAAUUCCCAAAGUUCUUCACUUUCAGAGCCAGAGAUGAAUUCCAGGAGGAUCGGAUUUACCGGAAUUUGGAGCCAGCUUUAGCAUUUCAGCUGGAGCUCAAUCGCAUGAGGAACUUUGACUUGACAGCCGUUCCCUGUGCCAACCACAAGAUGCACCUCUACCUGGGCGCUGCCCGCGUUCAGGAGGGCACUGAAGUCACAGACUAUCGCUUCUUCAUUCGAGCAAUUAUCCGUCACUCUGAUCUGAUUACAAAGGAAGCUUCCUUUGAAUACCUUCAAAAUGAGGGGGAACGUCUUUUGCUGGAAGCCAUGGAUGAGUUGGAGGUAGCCUUUAGUAACACCAGUGUUCGGACAGACUGCAACCACAUCUUUCUCAACUUUGUCCCAACUGUGAUUAUGGACCCCUCAAAAAUAGAGGAGUCUGUUCGCUCCAUGGUGAUGCGCUACGGCAGCCGUCUAUGGAAACUUCGAGUUCUACAGGCAGAGUUAAAGAUUAACAUCCGCCUGACGCCUACGGGACAUGCCAUUCCUAUCCGGCUCUUUCUCACUAAUGAGUCUGGCUACUAUUUAGACAUCAGCCUGUACAAGGAGGUCACGGAUCCAAGUUGUGGACAGAUCAUGUUCCAGUCGUAUGGAGACAAGCAGGGGCCUUUGCACGGCAUGCUGAUCAACACGCCAUAUGUGACCAAAGACCUGCUGCAGGCCAAGCGUUUUCAGGCUCAAACUCUGGGGACCACAUACAUCUAUGACUUCCCUGAGAUGUUUAGACAGGCACUGUUCAAGCUGUGGGGUCAGGGAGAUGAAUGCCCCAAAGAUGUGCUCAUAUGCACUGAACUUGUGCUGGACCCAGAAGGUCGAUUGGUGCAGAUGAACCGUCUGCCUGGAGACAAUGAUGUGGGAAUGGUUGCCUUCAGAAUGAAGAUGAAGACUCCAGAGUAUCCAGAUGGCAGAGACAUCAUUGUUGUCGGUAAUGACAUCACACACAAGAUCGGCUCCUUCGGUCCUGAGGAGGAUGAGCUGUUCCUCCGGGUUUCUGAGUUGGCUCGGGUUGAAGGGAUCCCCCGCGUUUACCUAGCAGCCAACAGUGGCGCACGCAUCGGGCUCGCUGAAGAGCUUAAACACAUGUUCCAGGUUGCCUGGGUUGACCCCUCUGACCCCUACAAGGGUUUCAAGUACCUUUACCUGACACCUAAGGAUUACACAUGCAUAAGCUCCACCAAUGCAGUUCACUGUCACCAUGUAGAAGAAGGUGGAGAGUCCAGGUACAUAAUUACCGACGUCAUUGGGAAGGAUGAGGGUCUUGGUGUUGAGAACCUUCGAGGCUCUGGCACCAUAGCUGGUGAAUCUUCUCAGGCUUAUGAAGAGAUCAUUACUAUCAGUAUGGUGACAUGUCGUGCUAUUGGAAUUGGAGCCUAUCUGGUGCGUUUGGGACAGAGAGUGAUCCAGGUGGAGAACUCUCACAUUAUCCUGACAGGAGCUGGUGCCCUAAAUAAGGUUCUCGGGAAGGAGGUCUACACUUCCAACAACCAGCUGGGAGGAGUCCAGAUCAUGCACAAUAACGGAGUCACACACACAACCGUGCCGGACGACUUUGAGGGGGUCUUCACCAUUCUCCAGUGGCUCUCUUACAUGCCCAAGAACAACCACUCUCCUGUGCCGGUUAUAGCCACUUCAGAUCCAGUAGACAGAGAAAUAGAGUUCACUCCUACAAAAGCCCCAUAUGACCCCCGCUGGAUGCUGGCUGGGAAGCCACACCCCACGGUGAAAGGUGCCUGGCAGAGCGGAUUCUUUGACCACGGCUCGUUCAUGGAGAUCAUGGGAUCCUGGGCUCAGACAGUAGUGGUGGGAAGAGCACGGUUGGGUGGAAUCCCUCUUGGUGUCAUUGCUGUUGAAACACGCACCGUUGAGUUCACCGUUCCAGCUGAUCCAGCCAACCUGGACUCAGAAUCUAAAGUUCUGCAGCAGGCUGGACAGGUGUGGUUUCCGGACUCUGCCUUUAAAACGGCUCAGGCCAUUUGUGACUUCAACCGUGAACGCCUGCCUCUUAUGGUGUUUGCAAACUGGAGGGGUUUCUCUGGUGGAAUGAAGGACAUGUAUGACCAGAUUUUGAAGUUUGGGGCUUAUAUCGUGGAUGCCCUGCGUACUUUCCGCCAACCGGUACUGGUCUACAUCCCACCUCAUGCUGAGCUGAGGGGAGGGUCCUGGGUGGUGAUUGAUCCUACCAUUAACCCACUGUGUAUGGAGCUCUAUGCUGACAGGGAGAGCAGAGGUGGUGUUCUGGAGGCUGAAGGGACCGUGGAGAUCAAAUUCAAGAGGAAAGACCUGCUGAAGACCAUGAGGAGAAUAGACUCAGUCUACGCUAGUCUGGUUGAGCAGCUUGCUUCGCCAGAGCUGUCGGACGCGAGGUGCAGAGAGCUUGAGGCAAAACUCAAAGCAAGGGAGGAAUUUCUGCUGCCCAUCUACCACCAGGUGGCAGUGCAGUUUGUAGACCUCCAUGAUACUCCAGGCAGGAUGCAGGAGAAGGGUGUCAUCACUGAUAUUUUGGAUUGGAAAAAUGUGCGAAGCUUCUUCUACUGGCGUCUGCGGCGCCUUCUGUUGGAGCAGGUGGUGAAGUGUGAGAUCCUGCAGGCCAACAAGGACCUCAGCGACGGCCACAUGCAGUCCAUGCUGCGGCGCUGGUUUGUGGAAACCGAGGGAACAGUGAAGGCCUACCUCUGGGAUAAUAACCAGGCAGUAGUUGAAUGGCUUGAGAAGCACUUGUCCAAGGAAGAUGGCUUUCGAUCAGCGAUCCGAGAGAAUAUCAAGUACAUAAAAAGAGAAAACACUUUGAAACUUAUACGCAGCCUCGUGCAGGCCAACCCCGACAUAGCCAUGGACUGCAUCAUCCACAUGAGCCAGAACAUCACUCCGUCCCAGAGGGCAAAGCUCUCGCAUUUGCUUGCAACUAUGGACAGCACCAGUUAAUAAGCUGAAGGGUCUCGUCUGGGGACUUCAUUAAUAAGAAUCACAAGCUCAGUGUUGAUGAAUUGUCCAUUUUGGUGGAUCACUUGCAUUUUUUUUAUACAUAUGAAGCCGUUUUUUGCAGUAACGCACAUACACAAAGUGACUUAAGAAACCACUGCAUUACUGAUGGAGGCACUGUGUGUUCCAGUUCACACUUACCGUAUUUAAGCUAAGCAGUCACAAACUACUACUGUAGUGCACAUUUUCACUGGAUUUGUUCAGGGUGGUCUGUCAGCGUUCAGUUUGCCUUACUGGGCUCUGUGCAGUCGAAGGUUGCACAAGCUAUGAAUUAAGUGUUUUAUUUUAAUAAUGAGCAUCAUGAGUGUGGUUGUCUUUUAUUUCACUGAAAUGUGGCUCGUGUAUUCAUCACUGUUUUUCUGUGCUAAAGACAACAGAAUGAAUGACUUGACUGGUUACAGUGACACUGUAAAGGAUAUUUCUAGUUUUUGUCUUUAUAGUUCCAUUUUGAAACAGUAACUCAGGUUCUUUUGAAACAUGGACAUUAGUGGUCACUUUCUGAUCAACGUCAGUCAGCACGUGUCAUUUGAAUGUACGAGUAAUCCUUCCUGUGUCUAACAAGGGCUGCUGCUAAUAAAUGACAUUGAUAUAUA